AGGUACUUUCCACGGAUUCGUUGUUUGCCACUGGUUGGUUGUUCAAAUGCCACUGCGGUUCUGGUACUCGGUUGUCAUCGAACUCAAUGGUUCGGAUUUCUGUCGGAUCUUGGCCAUCUCUGAUUCUCGCGGCCAGGUUCCUCUGAUUCGAAUUAGGGACCUUCAUCAGAGAAUUGAGCUUAUGAUACGGUUUCCACAGGGCUUCUUCUCUGCCUCCAUCAAAGUUCUGUCCUGUGACUGCAGGCCCUCCAUCAUCCUCUUUCCCUCAUCGUCGUCGUUCUCCUCCGCAUCCUCCUGCGAGUGCAAGCCCUCCACCGUCUCCUUCUCCUCGUCGCCUUCCUGGACCUCACCGUCUCGGUUCCGUUGUUUUGCUCCUUUUUACGAUCUUCUUGCACGGGAUAACCGGUCGAUGAGAAGAAGAGCGGGCGACCGGGUUGGUAACGAUGAAAUGUCAGCGAAAGUAAUGACGGAGUCGACCGAGCGUGGCGGGAGAAUAUUUGCGUCCGGGAGAGGAGGAUGCCAAGACACCGAGGAGGAGGAGAGCAGAAGGAAGGAACCGGCAGUGUUUGCCUAGUUGAUUUGGAUAAGCUUACAUGAGAGAGGAAGCGAGGGGAAAGGGGAAGAAAACUCGAGAAGGGGCACAUCUAUAACGAUGACGUUUCUUCUGGCGAUAGGUCCGAGUAAAGGACUCUGUUCACUUACUGUCGGCGUCUUCUCCUCGAUCGGCUCUUCGUCAUCUAUUCCGUUAACAUACAGAUCUUUGAGGCUGCUAGGGCGACCACUGGAAGUUAGGGAUGACGCAGGGCUUCCACUUGGUGGAUGUGUAAACAAGGACGUGGGUGGUUAUGAAUUCCUGCGGGAAGUUAGUGGUGCCAAACUAGAGAACGAUGCUACUGGAGAAGUGGAAUGACGAAUACUUGUUUCCAUCAGACAGCUCGAGGAGCACAGCAAGGAAGCGUGCACCCCUUUCCUACAUUGCUGUCUGCUUUACCAAGAGUUAGAACACAAGCAGAGUGCCUUGUGGUGGUGGGGAGGAAGGGAGGAAAGAGAGAGAAGGGCAGGCGGGCUGUGGGCAGAAGGGAGACAGACAGACAUACAUUCAGACAGACAGGCAGAAGGCUGGAGGAAACCCUUUGCUACAUUGCUGUCUGCUUUAGCAAGAGUCAGAACACAAGCGGAGUGCCUUUUGGUGGUGGGGAGGAAGGAAGGAAAGGGAGAGGAGCGGGUGGGCUGUGAGCAGAAGGGAGACAGACAGACAUUCAUUCAGACAGACAGUCAGAAGGCUGGAGGAAAUGGGUGUUUCAGGGGUGGUGGCAUAUGUGGGUGGGUAUCUGUAUUUGGUCUUUUUUGCUGUGUGUCUGGCGACAGGGUUGUAUUACUUGGCAGAGCUAGUGGAAGAAUACACGAGGCUCGCAAAGAAGGUUAUCAUGUACACAAUUUUCUUUGUGAUGAUCCUCCACGCAGCUGUCUGGCUUGUUGAUCACACUCCGUUGACCUGUGUCUUAGUGGGACUCGCAACUCACGCUGGAUAUCUGACCAUGCUGAAGACUUUCCCUUUCAUUAGGCUCACAUCACUUGAGUUUGUUGGGAGCGUUUGCCUCUUGAUCUGCAGCCACAUGUUAUGGUUUCAGCAUUUUAUCUAUAACCCUGUCAACCAAUUCAUAACCGUUGAAUACAUGCUGGGGUUUGCAUUGAUAAUGGUCUGGUUGGUUCCAUUUGGGUUCUUCAUUUCGCUGGCGGCAAAUGAGAGUGUCCUGCCAGGUGUACCUGGACCAAUGUAUGGGGGAUAUGUCAAUAGAGGAGAUACGGUAGGGAUGGGGGGGGAGAGCUACAGGAGGGAGACAAGGAUGGGGCAAACCUCAAGCAGAGGAGGCGGGUCAUUGCUGGGGUUUUUCAAGUUCUUGAUGAAGAAGAGAGAUGACGUGCUUCCAUCUGUUAGAGCACAUGUACCGACAUCGUGCAUGAGUAGCAAAGACAGAAUACUGUAGUUCUCCUCCGCUUCACAUCCCUUCCUCCCUCUUCCUUUCAGUCCUGUUCUCUCGGCAUCAGUAUUUAGGUCACAAGAUCAGUAGGUAGGACACACUAUGCCAUCCAGGCAGCGUUCUUGCAAACAGCAAAAUGUGCUUGCCAAAACUUGGAGGGGAAUAUGCUCUGCUGAAGUUGGUGGACUAAGUUGGGGUAUUCAACCACCACCUGAAGAGGCUGCACAGCAGAACAAUAGACCAGUGUGUGGGAUUGAAUCUUUGAAUUGUAUUGAUGGGGAUGGUGAGAUGGGAUAUAGGGAUCUGUGUGUGUGCUUGGAUGAGGAGGGGGCGGAGCAGGAGACACACACACACACACACACACACACACACACACACACACACACACAGAGAGAGAGAGAGAGAGGAUGCUUGUAGCAUGAGUGGGAUCUGCAGGGUUGUACACUUCUUUACGCAGGUGGUGCAGUGUGUGCUGCUGUCGUUUGUUGCCGUUCACCAUCUCCUGCACGUCAUUCAGCCGGAAUAAAGGAUUGUAUUGCACGAGUUAUCUGGUUUUGACCAGUGAGUCGACCCAUUGAUGAAUGCUUUAUUGUGGAGGAUAGGUUUAAGCGUGAUAAGCAGGUCUUUCCUCUCUUUCCCCGCUUACCUCUUUUGUGGGUGCGUGUGUUUGUGUUAGAGAGAGAGAGGGAGAGAGGGCAGGAAGAAAGCGAGGGGGGGGGUGGAAGGGAAGGGGGGGUGAUUGGUGGUGACUGGGACAAUUGUGUACACAUUCUUGAUUUUUGUGGCAAAGGGGGUGAUUGGUGGUGACUGAGAAUGUUGUGUACACAUUCGUGAUUUUUCUGGCAAAUACAUUAAAUUUUAAAGUC